AUGACGGACCACUAUUUGGACAAACGUAUUGAAUUGGCUAGAAAAGAUUUGCAAGCUAUUUUAAAGCAAAUUGAUAAUAUUGGUUCUACUGCGAAAGCUUUUAAAUUUUGGAACGCAUAUUUGCAGCUACGUGGACUGCCUAAAUUUCAAAUAAAUCGAAAAGUUGUGUGGGCUCUUAUUGCCUUUGGUUGGAUUUUUUAUUAUUUUAUUGUUAAUUAUAUUGAUUCACUUCAAUAUCAAAAGUGUUUAAUUGACUCACCUGAUAUCUUUCGAAAAAUCUUCCGACCAGCAGAGGACUGUUCAAUGUGCUUGGGAGUUCAACAGGUUGAAAAAAUUUCCAAUAUUGAUCCUGACGUAUUCGAGGAGAGAUAUGCAUAUUCUGGAAUGCCAGUAGUAAUUACAGAUGCAACAAAAAACUGGACAGCAUCUAAAGUAUUUUCUUUCCAAUUUUUCAAAGCUUUGUAUCAAGGUAGAGAUGGUGAUUGUCAAUUUUUUCCUUAUCAAACUGGGUUCAAAAGUCUCCAAGAUGUUUUCAACAUGAGUCAGAACCGAGCUAUGUUGAAAGCAGAUACAGAAGCUUGGUAUGUUGGUUGGAGUAAUUGUGAUGAAGAAAUUGGUGCAAUCCUUCGUGAUCAUUACGACAGACCUUAUUUCUUGCCAGCCACAGCAGAGAGUGAAAAAACAGAUUGGAUUUUCAUGGGCAGUCCCGGUUACGGUGCGCCAAUGCAUAUCGAUGACGUUAAUCAUCCAUCGUGGCAAGCCCAAAUCAAGGGAUCCAAAUUGUGGGUUUUGGAACCUCCCAAGGAAUGCCAUUAUGUCUGUAACAGAUUGAGUAUCAUAGUUAAUGAAGGAGAAAUAAUUAUUUUAGACACUAAUCGAUGGUAUCAUCAAACCAAAAUCAUCUCUGAAAAUCUCAGUAUCACAAUUGGAGCAGAAUAUGAUUGA